GUGAGCUUCAGCAAUGUUCGCUAUCUAAUCCUGGAUGAAGCUGAUCGUAUGCUCGACAUGGGAUUUGAAAAUGACAUGAGAAAGAUUGUAACUCAGUUUGGCAUGCCAGAGAAGACUCAACGCCAGACGUUGAUGUUCAGUGCAACAUUCCCAGAUCAAAUUCAGAAGUUGGCUCGCGAAUUCCUGAAUGAUUAUCUGUUCUUGGCCGUGGGAAGUGUUGGAGGUAGUAACCUCGAUAUCAAACAGGAAGUUAUGGACGUAGAAGGAAAUCAGAAGAGAUCUGUUUUAAUGGAAAUUCUUGGACAAUCCG